GUCCAGCUGGCGGCGCUGUUUCCCGGACUGAUGAGAAGAAGAAUGACGUCACUUCCGUAAACACAAGGCACCUGCAAUGUGUGGCUGCUGUUUCUUGUUAAUGUCAUUUUUUACGUUAUUUAUGCAUCCUGAAUGUGUACGAUGUCUCAUACUGGAUCCUCCUGGACAACCUCUCAUGACAUUAAAACUUCUUUAGUGGGUGUGAGGGGAAAUACUAAAAAUAAUAAAGAUGAUUCUGCUGGCAAAAAGGCUAAAUGUGUGAGCAAUCUCUCCAGCAGUCCGCACAAAAGUGUGAGGGAGCGUGUGCUAAAGCAGGUAGGGACCACCAGCACCACCUUCAUUGGUCCAGCAUUUCCUCCUCCUAAAUCAAAAAAAGUCAAAACUAAGUUUGAAGACACACUCAGUGAGUUUUACAAAGAGCUUGAGAAGAUUGAUACACCUGAUGGUGCGAAUAAUAUUCCAGAGAGACAAAAUGCAAGUUUUGUUCGACCAUCCAUACCUCCGAAAACAUCUACCAGCUCUCAGCAUGUCAGCGAGGAGAAUAUUGUUUACAAAAGAAAACAUGCAGGACCAGAGGGCUACCAGAAAGGUGGUGAGCAGAAACAGUCAUCCUGGUCACACUGGCAUCAAAAUGAGCCGUACUAUCCCAGAAGACCGAGUCCAGCUGCUCCUACUCAAAAUCAAUGGCAUUAUCCUCAAACACUGAACAGACCACCUAACCCAAGUUUUCACAGACCACCAUUCCAUCGCCCACCACCUCCAUCUGCAUUCCCAAAUCCACAAAAUCCGCCAUCACACGUGGAUCAAAACUGGAGCAGUUCGGGAGCAACAAACCAGCAUCCAGAGGAGUCACAUUUUCCAACUUUUUCUAGCUUCCCACCUCCGAAUGUAUGCAGUCAGCCCUCUCAGGGCUUUCAUGGAGAUUCUCCAUACCACCUUGACAGGGACGAACGGGGUCGUAGUCAUGAAGUACACUCAGAUGAUGUAAAUGUUGGAUGGUCCAGAGAUAGAAAAGAAGAAGUGUGUCAGUUUGGGGAAGAUUAUGAAAGAUGCCAGAGAUAUGAUUCAGAAAUUGAACCGUGGGAGAGUCACAGCCGUCCCCCUGCUAACACAAAUGCUUACCGUCCUUCCUUGGUGCUGUUCUUGAUGAGGGGAUUACCAGGAUCUGGAAAAUCAACAAUGGCCAGGGAGCUGCUCUCCUCUGGUCCCAGUGGGCUCAUACUGAGCACAGAUGACUACUUUGCUCACAGAGAGGGGUACCACUAUGACGCAGGCCUUCUUGGAGCCGCACAUGAAUGGAACCACAACAGAGCUAAAGAUGCUAUGCAUGAUGGCCGGUCUCCCAUUAUUAUUGAUAAUACAAACGCUCAAGCUUGGGAAAUGAAGCCAUAUGUCAAAAUGGCCUUGGAGAGCGGAUACAAAGUGGACUUUUGUGAACCUGACACUGACUGGAAGUUUGAUCCUUAUGAGCUGGAGAAGAGGAACACGCACGGUGUUCCACAGGAGAAGAUCGCACAGAUGAUGGAUCGUUUUUCAUUUCCCAUAUCUGUAGACAUUGUCAUGAGGUCACAAGAGCCGCCUCACGUGAACGACAGACGCCGACCAGAGCAGCCCCAGAUGAUGAGGAACCGAGAUUUCAAUUAGUUUUUCACAGGAGCUUAACGUGCCAAAUAGUUUGACAAAAAUGUGAUGGCAUAAAUAUUGUUAGCUACUGUUUCUACGUGAUUUUUUUUAAUCCAUAUUUUUGUAUAUUUUUAAUGAAUGUAAAGAAAGAAGAAAUAUAUUUUUUCUGAAGAAAGUUUUCAUAAUUAAAUCUUUUACACGUACCAUCUUUGUUAGGAAAGGAAAUCUGCAUUAUUUUUGCAUUUUGUAUUGAAUGACUUUAUUCGUUUGCAGUACAAUAUGCAACAACAUGGAAAACCAAAAGGCUGUCCUCUUUUUUUCCUCUUAUCAUAAUUGUUGACCAGUUGGUUGUUAAAAUAGUUUUGGUGACUUCUGAUUCCCUGAAAUCAGCAGAACAACUUCUCCACAAGAGGAAAAUAAUGUGGAAAGUAAUUUCCUCUUUGAUGACAAAAAAUAAACAAAUGUUCUUUUCUGGUAAA